AUGAGCGCCCGGGUCGCACGGGCGGCGUGGGCGCGGUGUUGGGGCGUGGGCUGCCACCGCCGCGCCUCCAGACUCCCGGUGCCUCCGCUGGGCAACGCGGGCGUGGCCGAGCUGCUGCGGGACGCGGCGGCGGUGGAAGAUGCGCCCUGGGAGGCGGCGGCGCGGCGGACCCCGGGCCAGUGUUCCGUGUUGCUGUUUCCGGGCCAGGGCAGCCAGGUGGUGGGCAUGGCUCGGGGCCUGCUCCGCUACCCGCGCGUUCGCGAGCUCUACGCCGCCGCCCAGCGCGUGUUGGGCUACGACCUGCUGGAGCUGAGCCUGCGCGGGCCGCAGGAGGCCCUGGAGCGCACCGUACACUGCCAGCCUGCCGUCUUCGUGGCUUCGCUGGCCGCCGUGGAGAAACUUCAUCAUCUGCAGCCGGAGGCCAUUGAGAACUGUGUUGCUGCUGCUGGAUUCAGCGUGGGAGAAUUUGCAGCCCUGGUGUUUGCUGGAGCCAUGGAGUUUUCUGAAGGUUUGUAUGCAGUGAAAAUCCGAGCUGAGGCCAUGCAGGAAGCCUCGGAAGCUGUCCCCAGUGGGAUGCUGUCUGUCCUCGGCAAGCCCCAGUCCAAGUUCAACUUCGCCUGCUUGGAAGCCCGGGAGCACUGCAAGUCUUUGGGCAUAGAGAACCCCGUUUGUGAAGUGGCCAACUAUCUCUUCCCUGACUGCAGGGUGAUUUCCGGACACCUAGAGGCCCUGCAGUUUCUGCAGAAGAAUUCCUCGCGGUAUCAUUUCAGACGCACCAAGAUGCUGCCGGUGAGCGGAGGGUUUCACACCCGCCUUAUGGAGCCUGCCGUGGAGCCCCUGACGCAAGUGCUAAAGACAAUCGACUUUAAGGAGCCUCUGGUGUCCGUCCAUUCAAACGUCCAUGGAAAUAAAUACACACAUCCAAAACACAUCCAGAAGCUGCUAGUGAAGCAGCUCGUCUCCCCAGUGAAGUGGGAGCAGACUAUUCGUGCCAUAUAUGAGAGGAAGAAGGGCACUGAGUUCCCCAAAACCUUCGAGGUGGGUCCGGGGAAGCAGCUGGGAGCUGUCCUGAAAAGCUGUAACCUGCAGGCUUGGAAGUCCUACAGCCAUGUGGAGGUGCUGGAGGCCGACGAGGCCCAGGACCUGUAGGGGUCCCCCCGCAAAGCCCCGGGGCGUCUGGGCUUAGGGGGCAGGAGGCACUUCCAGGGGACUAGUCUGUCCAGCCUGUGCUGUCUGCAGGGGAGAGGGCUGGGCUGUACCUGCACUGCCUUCUCAAUAAGGAGCAACAGAUGGUUUGCAAAGGCUCUUGAGUCGCCACAUAAACACUGAAAGUGAGUAUUUCUCUGCAGGAAACAGUCAUUUUUUUCCCCUUGGAGAAACGCUAGGGAGAAAAGAUGCAACAGUGCUGUUCUGUGAAGAGACUUUGCUGACACUUGCUGUGCCUCUGCCAGCGUCAUCCCCUUGGGCAAACCACACCACCGCUUGGGCUCAGCUUCCUUGUCUGGAACCUGGGCUGGAGCGGGUUGUCCUAAGGGUCAGUGAGGUUGUUUGUUAAGGCCCCUGGAAGGGGCACACAUCAGGCCAAUAACCAGAGGACCAAAAGCCCUUCCAUCACACUGCCCAGCGGCCUGCCGGUCACCCAGGGGCAGAACCUCAGCCCCUUUGUCAUUGAGUCAGAAAGAAUUUAGGACCCCAGCUGGUCUUGGCAGCCAUUCAGUCGGCCCCAUUGCUUCACAGGUGGGAGACCAAGUUUCACAUGAGAUCAUUUAUCCAGCAGAUACUUAUUGAGCGCCUGUUGUAUGCCAGAGAGCGAGCGGCCUCUGCCCUGGUGGGGAGCAAGCCGUGAGGCAUGCCAGGAAGGGUCCUAACCCCCAGAGCUAGCCCCAGCUUCCUCACCGGGAGACCGUUCCCAGUCCCUCGGAGCCUUCACUGAGCGCCUGCUGUGUGUGUGACCCAGUCAGGCCAGGCCUGCCCUCAGACUCCUGAGAACACAGAAGCUGCUCGCGUGGUUUUUCAUUGUUUGUUGAUAGCAGGAAGACGUCAUUGGGAAUGAAAUCUCUUUGAGUUGGUCUUAAGUUAAAAUGUUACUAUCGUGUGGACACAUGUCAAAUCCUGGAUAGGGAGUCUUUGUUGUUGUUGAGAAUACACACAGCAGAACAUACACCGGUUCAACAGUUUCUACAUGUACAAUUCAGUGGCAUUGAUUACAUUCUUCCAGCUGUGCGCCCAUUCUCACCCUGAGCUGUGUUUUGAGUUGUUUCUCCCCCAUUAACAAACUCACUGCCCCCUAAGGUUCCUACCUAAUCUCAGGAGUUGCUGUUGUGAAUUUGAUCCCGUAUAGAUAGUUCUUAAAAGAGCCUUUGGGCAGAACCAUUCUGGAACUGGCAGAACCUGUAUGGAACUGCCCCAUGCUUGCAAUCCUGAACCCUAGUCACUACAUGUCACUAGUGCUCCCAGGUGUGACCCCAAAAUACAUCUCCCCACGUUUCUACACGCCUGGCUGGGAACCACGGCAGAUGUUAACAGAGAGCCUGGUGUUUACCACGUUGUGUGUUUGAGUGUCCUUUGGAGCACAAUGAGGAAAGAACUAUUUCUUAAAACUUUAUUUCAGAAAUCUUCAAGCAUUCACAACAAACUUAAAAAAAAAAACUUUCCCAGGUUCAUUUGAGACCCCUUCACUGAGUGCUGUAUGCGGCGGGCGGCCUUGGAAGGGGCCGCUGUCCGCAGCCCAGGCCCCGGCUCUGGCCGUGAGCAGGUAGGGCAGUGCCUUAGGGUUACGGUUAGCUCUGGGGAAGAAAACCUCCAAGGCAGGGAAGUGUCAGAGAGAGGUUUUCUCUUUCAUGUGGGAAUUGGGGGUGUCGUCCUGAGUGGGUUCCCCUCCCCCUUCCCCCGCCUUUCCCUCAGGGUCUGAGGUGGUUCUUUCGUGGGUCCAUCCAUAUUCCAAGCUGCAGGAAGGGGGAGGAAACAGCAAGCAAAGGUGCAUGAUGCUGUCUUAAGGAAGCCUGAAAGCUGUCACAAUUCUGCUGAAAAUGCAGGAAGCACCCAGAAGGAGAACCCAAAGGUGAGGAGGCUGGGCUCCACCUCUCAGGACAGGUUGGGGACAGAGGGGCCCUCUUCCUGCCCUGAGCUCCUGUUGACUGCUGCAUCUGGAACGAGUGGCACAGGGUGGUGAGGGGGAGUUAGCCCCCAGCUUCCUCCCUCUGUAUUGCUCCUUAGUGGGGAAUCUUGGCAGAUUACUUCCCCCUUACAGAAGAUAG